GAUAUGGUGCUUGGGAUUUCAUGCUUGGUCCAAGAGAAUGGAGAACACUGUAGACAAACAAUAUAUGAAAAUUAGUAGGUUCACUACACAAUUUAAUGAAAAUUCUUUGUUACAAUUGGUCACACCAAGACAAAAAUAAAGGAAGACUUAUAAUCCCAUAAAUUAGCAAAAAUUCUACUAUCCUAAAUUCUUAAUCCCACUUGACUUUGCUGCCCCACACCUUUGUCCCCUGUCUCCCAAUGACUAAAAACACUCCCAAAUCACACCAGCCAGCCAUACAAAGGUGACAGAGGCAACAGUAAAUUUAUUAGUCAUAUUAUAUCUCAAAAAAUAAACUCCUAAAAGUAAUAAGAAUAGAAAAAGCACUAAAUUGACUGGGAAGAAAAGCUAAAUUGAUCUUUUGGCUUACAUCCAGAACAUUUGCUUGAGUUAGUUCUCAUAUUUUCCUUCAUAAUCUAACAACAUAUAUGAAAUUGAAGAGAGAGGUUGAGAAAUUUUUACCUCUGGGGGUGCGUCGACUUCAAGAUCGGAGGUUUGUCCUUUGGAUUCGCUCGUGCACAGCUUGAAUCUCGCGAGAUUUUGAUGGAUAGUUACAGAGAGAGAGAGAGAGUCGAGAGAGAGGGAAAGACUAGGGGAUGGAAACGGAAAAGUAGUCGAAGCAGAAUCCACGAUGAUUGACGCAUGGGCGCCUUUCCACUGUGCAAACCGGUGGCAAUUUCGUAAAUAAAUCGAAAUUUUCCAUCCGAACGACAGAUAGGGAUGGAAAUUUUGUAAAUAAAGUGAAAUUCGGUCCAAAAUACGGUUCAGUUGAACAGUACAACUGAAUUUCCUACUUUAGACUAAAGUAAUUGGAAUUGUAUAAUAUUAUAAAUAUCCAAUAAACAAAGACUCAUGGUUACUGGUGAUAACUGGGCUACAGCGGCAGCCAGUGCGAUGGAGGUUGGCGUUGAUAAGUUGUAUGCUGAGACUGAUCCACUAGGAAAAGCUGAUAGAAUCAAAGAAUUACAGGAUUAUAUAAUAGUUACAGGGGUGGUGUGAGUGGAUUACAAUUACCCAGCUCCACAAAUGAAAGGAAUGGCGGUGGCAAUGAUGGGAGAUGGAAUUAAUGACUCUCCAGCUAUGGUUGCAGGAGAUGUUGGCAUUGCAAUUGGUGCUGGCACCGACAUAGCUAUAGAAGCUGCUUAUAGUUCUGAUGAAGAGCAACUUGGAAGGUGUAGUUAUAGCCAUUGAUCUCUCUAGAAAGACCAUGUCUCGAAUUCAAUUGAAUUAUGUCUGGGCCCUGGGCUACAAUAUCCUCAGCAUUCCGGUGGCUGCUGGAGUUUUGUUCCCUUUCACUGGAAUUCGAUUACCACCGUGGCUUGCAGGUGCAUGCCUGCUUCAUCUCGAAGCGUGGUACGUUCUCUCUUGUUGCAGUCAUAUAAGAAGCCUUUGCAUAUUCAGAGCGUCUUCAAUGGCAAGUCUGCAUGAUAGUGAAUGUGCAUUAGCAAUAGUUCAUACCAACUUCAGCACAGAUCAGUCUGCGCUUCUUGCUCUCAAGGCUCACAUCACUAGUGACCCUCAAAACAUCUUGACCGCCAACUGGUCCUCUGCCUCCAAUUCCAACAUUUGCAACUGGGUUGGCGUUACCUGCGGUGCUCGCCACCACAGAGUUACGGCCUUAAAUCUCUCGUACAUGGGUCUUGCCGGAGUUAUUCCUCCGCAUCUUGGCAACCUCUCAUUUCUUGUUGACUUGGGCCUUCAAAAUAAUAAUUUUCAUGGUCCCCUGCCCCAAGAACUGUCUCGUUUGCGCCGGUUGAAGGCGAUUAACUUUGGAAACAAUAACUUUAUGGGAACCAUUCCUUCGUGGUUUGGGUCCUUUGCUAAACUUCAAACCAUCAUAUUGUAUGGUAAUGGCUUCUCUGGUUUCAUACCCGCUUCUAUCUUCAACUUAUCUGCACUCGAAAACAUUUACCUGAUGAGGAACCAACUAUCGGGUAGCAUACCCAGAGAAAUAGGCAACUUAACAAUGGUGAAGGGCAUAUACCUUGACGACAACAAGUUCGAAGAACUUCCGAACGAGAUAGGCAGUUUAGGUCAGCUGGAGGAGUUGUUUGUGCCGUACAAUGCCCUAAAAGGCUCUGCUUUUGUGCUUGUCCUCAACAUAUCUUCUUUGACUACUUUGACUCUAUUCUGGAACAACAUGAGUGGUAGUCUUCCAGACAAUAUAUGUGAGCAUCUUUUGAGUAUUCGACAAAUUAAUUUGGGUCAAAACAAGUUUGACGGUCAUAUUCCCUCCAAACUUUGGCAAUGCAAAGAUCUUCGUUAUUUGUCAUUAGUGUAUAACAAUUUCCGUGGAAGCAUACCCAAAAGUCUUGGCAAUUUGACCUACUUAAGCCAGAUUUUUCUUGAUGACAAUAAUUUAGAAGGUACAAUACCGGAUGAGAUUGGUGAUCUUUCACAAUUAGAGGUUUUGCAACUGAGUGUUAAUAAUCUCAAUGGCGUCACCCCAUCCAAACUCUUCAAUAACUCCAUGAUAAGAAUAAUAUCGCUUGCUUUGAAUCAGCUCUCAGGUGGCCUCCCAGCAAACAUAGGUCUUAAUGUUCCAAACCUAGUAUUCCUUUCUAUGUCCACCAAUAACCUCGUGGCCGGGCCACUCCCUAACUUCUCCAAUGCUUCCAAGCUCAGGGUCCUAGACAUGGACACAAACUCAUUUACCGGGUUUCUUCCCAUCACACUCUGUUCCUUGAAAAACCUCGAGAUUCUUUUCUUGUUCUGGAAUCAUUUGACGAUUGAUGCUUCUACUCUCUCUUGCUUGUUUAAUCUUAGAAAUUUGACAAAAUUAGACUUGGGAGGUAAUCCAUUAAACACCACGAUUCCAGCUUUUCGUGGGAAUCUCUCUACGCCACUCACAUAUUUUGAUUUAAGCAUUUCCAACAUCAGGGGUAACAUUCCCGUUGAUAUUGCCAACUUGAGCAGCUUGAUAGAACUACACCUGGAAAUCAAUCAGUUGAGUGGAGCAAUUCCAACUUCAAUACAGAGGCUAAAAAAUCUCCAAGGUUUGUUUCUGUAUGAUAAUGAACUGCAAGGACAUAUCCCGUAUGAACUCUGUCAACUAAAAAACCUAGCCGUGUUAGGUUUGGGUCGUAAUCAGCUUUCUGGUUCUAUUCCUUCCUGCUUGGGUACUUUGUCAGUAGCUCUAAGAAAUCUAUCGUUACAAUCCAAUUUGCUAACUUCAAAAAUACCAUCUUCCUUGUGGGAACUCAAGUCUAUACUGCACCUAAACUUGUCAUCCAAUUCUCUAGUUGGACCACUCUCAGAAGACAUCGGAAGGUUGAAAGAUGUGGUGGAUAUAGAUUUAUCAAAUAACCACUUCUCCGGAAACAUUCCCGGUAGCAUUGGUGGUCUUCAAAAUAUGAUUAAUUUGUCCUUGGCAAACAAUUAUUUAGAAGGCCCUAUUCCCAGUUCAUUUAAAACCUUGCUAAGCCUAGAAUUCUUGGAUUUGUCCAAAAACAAUCUAUCUGGAGAGAUCCCAAAGUCAUUGGAAGCACUCUUGUAUCUCAAGCAUUUGAAUUUGUCUUUCAACAAACUCCAAGGAGAAAUUCCAACAGGCGGGCCUUUCAAAAACUUCUCUGCUGAUUCAUUUGUAUCAAACGGUGCACUCUGCGGUGCUUCCCGACUCCAUGUUCCCUUGUGCAAAAAUAGAACAAAAGUUAAGCCGAAUUGGAGGAAAGCUAAAUAUAUCAUCUCAGGGAUCAUACCAAUAAUACUCCUAGCGGCCGCUGCAUUGAUUCUGAUACUAUGCAAGAAAAGGAAUGUCCAAGUUGUUAGAGAAACUGCCUCGCUACAUCAAGUUCUUCUGAGAAGAGUUUCGCGCCUAGAACUUGUAAGGGCAACAAAUGGAUUUCAUGAGAGUAACUUACUAGGCACGGGGGGUUUUGGCUCAGUAUACAGAGGAACACUUUCAGACGGGAUAGAUAUUGCCAUCAAGGUUUUCAAUUUACAGCUAGAAGGGGCAUUCAAGAGUUUUGAUAAGGAAUGUGAAAUGCUAAGCAAUAUCCGUCAUCGGAAUCUUAUUAAAAUCAUAAGUUGCUGUGAUGAACUUGAUUUCAAAGCCCUGAUACUUCAAUUGAUGCCUAAUGGAAGCCUCGAAAACUGGUUGUAUUCUCCAAACCGCUCCAUGAAUAUCCUGCAGAGGUUAGACAUAAUGAAAGAUGUUGCAUUUGCACUAGAAUAUCUUCAUCACGGUUACUCGAUACCUAUUGUUCAUUGUGAUGUGAAACCAAGCAAUAUACUACUAGAUGAAGAUAUGGUUGCACAUGUUGCUGAUUUUGGCAUUGCAAGACUCAUCAGCAGUGGAGAUUCGAUGACAGAAACCAUGACCCUAGCCACAGUUGGAUAUAUGGCUCCAGAGUACGGGAUGGAAGGAAGCGUUUCGACUAGAGGGGAUGUGUAUAGUUUUGGUAUUGUGCUCAUGGAGACAUUCACAAAACGGAAGCCAACAGACGAGAUGUUUGUUGCGGAAAUGGAUUUAAAGCAAUGGAUUGCAGAUUCAUUAUUUCCAGAUGCUGCAAUAGGUGAAGUUGUGGAUGCCAAUAUACUUGGGGCGGAGGAAAAUGGUGAUUUCGUGAGCAAAAGGGAUUGCUUAUUAUCCGUUAUGAGAUUAGCAAAAGGGAUUGCUUAUUAUUGCCGGGAGAGAGGAUUAACAUGAAAGAUGCCGCAAUCACACUCACCAAAAUCAAGACCAAGUAUUUGAAGGACUGUGGAGGAAUGAAAUCUUAGUUCUUUUUGUUCUCUACAUUUUCGGAUCCAUUGUCUUAUUGUUGUUCUCAAUCUGCAAAGACUACAUUAUCUUCUCAUAGUGACGGAUAUGAGAAUAUGACGAUAUUCCUAAAAUUGAUAUGUCGUACCUGGAUUUGUCAAUGCAAUGAGACCAGUAGUACCAAAAUUGCAAGUCCAA